GAUUCGGGGAGCGCGGGGGAAACUGGGAGCUGGACCCAAGACACCAUACAACACCACCCCCAACGUAACCUCGCUCACAACAUGACAUACAUCCCUGCACCAUUUCGCAUCACGACUCAGAACUGCAGAGGCCUAAACACAGCUGAAAGACGCUCCCAUCUCCUGCGAGAACUCGCGCGGGAGCAGGUCUCUAUCGCCAUGCUGCAGGAAACACACUUUAAAUCUACAGACACACAUAGACUGAAAAGCAGACACUACCCAGUCAACUACCACAGCACACACCCAACAACGCGUAAAGUAGGGGUAGCAAUCCUCCUGAACGCCAACCUACAAUUCAAACUGACCGACCAGCUAUCCGACCCGAGCGGCAGAUUUCUCUUCAUUAAGGGCACAAUUCUACAGAAAACAUACACACUUGCCUCAGUUUAUGCGCCAAACGCAAAGCAAGCGACGUUCCUCCGCAAGACGAUCUCACAGCUAGCCACCUUCACAGAAGGGACGCUUCUCAUAGGAGGGGACUUCAAUGCCCCCCUGGACCCACUGUCAGACUCCUCGACAGGACACAGUAGCAUACCACAAACGGCGAUCCGAACUAUACGGAAAUCUCUCAGAGACCUGAGAUUGGUGGACGCGUGGAGAGCCCUGCAUCCAACGGACCGAGACUACACACACUAUUCCUCUAUCCACAGGAGAUACUCCCGCAUCGACUACCUCCUCAUUCAACAAGAGGGUCUGCAAAGACUCCAGAAAGCAGAGAUACACACCACUACGUGGUCAGACCAUAGUGCUGUGACCAUGCUCCUAGACUCCCCCAUGUUCAAGCCCGCACAGACAGCAUGGAGAAUGAAUGAGUCACUCCUAUCCGACUUGGAGGUACAGACGCAAUUAGCGGAACAUCUCACCAACUACUUUAACGAGAACAACACAGGGGAUAUAUCGCAGGUGACGCUAUGGGAAGCACACAAGACUGUGCUCAGGGGGCACUUCAUAAGAAUAGCAUCUCGAAAAAAGAAAGAAGCACAACAACGCCUAAAUGAACUCACCAACCGCAUAGCACAACUAGAAACGCUCCAUAAACGAACGCAACUGGAGACACAAUACCGUUCCCUCCUAGAAGCCAGAAACCAGCUAACGGAGCUGGUGGCCCGCAGACAUCACAGAGCGACCCAGAGAAACAGAGCCUUCUAUUACAUCCAUGCAAACAAGAGCGGAAGACUACUGGCUCACAUGAUCAAGAACCGCCAAGCCAGAGCUCAAGUACACGAACUGAGGACAACCAAAGGCACCCUCACGCAAUUCCCAGAGGAAAUAGCAGAAGAAUUCCGAAAAUAUUAUCAAACUCUGUACAACAUAGACCCCACGACAUCAGGCGACCGCCAAGACGACAGAAUAGUAGCCACAACACAGUACCUCCAAAACUUUAGACCCGAAGCUCUUUCCUUAGAAGAG